AUGGAAGAAUACUUUGUUGGCCUGCCAUACCCAUACUUGUGCUUGUACGGCUCCUGCCUCCUGCUUGCAGUCGUCGUCGCCCGUGUCGUCCUCAGCGGCAGCGGCAGGAAACCAGCUCGCCUGCCUCCGGGCCCAUGGCAGUUGCCGGUGAUCGGCAGCCUCCACCACCUGGUGCAGGGGCUCCCGCACCACACCAUCCGCGACCUGUCCCUGCGUCACGGCCCGCUGGUGCUGCUAAGGAUCUGCGAGCGCACGGCCAUCGUGGUCUCCUCCGCUGAGGCCGUGGGGGAGAUGCUGAAAGGCCACGACGCCGCCUUCUCGGAGCGGCCGAGCAGCCCGGGCAUCGAGGAGCUGUCGAGGCACGGGCAGGGAGUCAUCUUCGCGCCCUACGGCGACCACUGGCGCCUGCUGCGCCGGAUCCUCAUGACGGAGCUGCUCAGCGCGCGGCGCGUGGAGGCGUUCCGGCGCAUCCGCGAGGACGAGGCGGCUCGCCUGGUCUCGUUCGCUGUCGUCGUCGUCCCUGCCUCCGGGAGCGGGAGGACAGCCGCCCGUCGACAUGGACGAGCUGCUGGAGGCCAGGACCCGUCGUCGCUGUUCGACCUCCGCGACCUGUUCCCGUCGUCGCGGCUCGUGCGGAUGCUGCCGCGGAGCCGAAAGGCGGAGCGGCACCGCCAGGAGAUGUUCCGGCUCAUGGACGACAUCCUUGAGAGCCACAGCCAGAGAGGACUACGGAUAGCGGCCAAGACGGGGGCGGAGGCGGCGUCGAGCAGGACAGCAUGA